AUGGUUGUGGAUCCCUCUCUUCCUCAACCAUCCAAAAGAAGAAGAAUCAACCACUUUUAUUCCAUGACAACAAUUACAGAGAUGAGUGAAAGAUUUGGACGAGAGAUUCGUGUUUUUGAAACAUUUUCACUUUCUCCCACACAAAAUGAUGCAGCAAACAAAGAAGAGGAGACUGACGAGUUCUACGAGUUCACUGCUGCAGAUUAUUACAAACUCUUGGGUACUAAAAAAGAAGAUAAAUAUCUAAAGACUCGAAAACUCCGAGAAGCAGAUGAGGCAGCUCGCAGGUCAAAAAUAACAAAGGCUGUAAUUAGAGUUCGGUUCCCUGAUAAUCAUACAUUGGAAGCUACAUUUCAUCCAUCUGAAUCCAUCCAAAGUUUAAUCGAUCUCCUCAACAAAGUGAUUGCACAACCAGAGAAGCCCUUUUAUUUAUAUACUACUCCGCCUAAGAAGCUGAUCAAAGACUUUUCUCAGGAUUUCUAUACCGUUGGGUUUUGUCCCGGUGCCAUCGUGUACUUUUCAUAUGAUGUUUCAAAAGGUAAUGGAAGCGAUGACGGCCCUUACCUACUAGAAGAAGUGAUGUCUUUGAAAGGUGCUAUAGAACAAGGUGAGGCAUCAGAGCAAUUACAGUCUGAACCGACGUCUGCUGAGGCUGUUGCACAAGCUCCUGCCGUUGAAGAACGGAAACCGGCCGAGAAAAAGAUUGUUAAGCCAAAGUGGUUGAAAAUGUGA